CACAAGAAAAAUGAAGACUCUGAUUCUGAUCACCUGUCUCCUUGAAAUAACACUCCAAGCACCUACAGCCCAACAGACUGAGGGCCAUGAACCAGCAAGUGUAGAGAUUUUUCUUCCUCAUGGGUACCUUGCCUCAGAUAUCAGAAGACUUCUGCCUGCAGUAGCGCAGGGAAAUCCAGUAGCAGCUGGACAAAAUGGCUUUCCAGGAUAUGCCAGCAUAGAAUAUCUCGUGCCUGUUGGAGACCCUGCCCAACAUUCUGGUAUUCCUGCUCAUCUUCGUCACAUGUUGCCCCCCCAAGCAUAUGUCAAAGAGAAGCACCUCCAUCCCUCUCACAGAGUCAGCCAUGACACUGGUAAUCUAUCUCCUUCACAGCACGUGGCACCUAGGGAAGCCAGCAUUGAAAUGAUAAUGCCCCAUGGUUUCCAAGGUCAACAGUUACUGUCGAUGCCUUCCGCUCAAGGUUAUAUAAAGCAUGAGAUUCCACAGCCGCCUGGUGCUCCCAGUGUUGAAGUGAUGUAUCCAAUUCAAAUGGGCCAUCGGAGAUCAGAUGUCCCUGCUGCGAAGUCCAUCCAGGGCUGUCAUCAGAACCCUUCUGCUCCAUAA